AUGGGAUUUCGGAAUGAAGCGAGUAGUGUUCCAGUUGUCUUGUUUUAUCUCUGUGGCAUGCCUGUCAUAUAUUCAGGCGAUAGAAUAGAAGAGAAUAACGAGGAACUAUUCUCAAUGUGCAAAAUGUUCUUGCACACAUUCGACAUGGCAAUUGAUUUACUGACAUGGGAGUGCAACUCAAACGAAAUC